AAAUUGUUAGUGUUUUUUCUACUUACAUUUUGUAACGUCCAAACAAGUCAUCAGUUGUAAGAUGGAAGGCAAAUUUGUAGUUGUGCUCAUGAUGAGUCUGCUCAUGGUGCAAAUUCAAGUUGAAGCAAAGAUCUGCUGCCCGUCCCAGAAUGCUAGAGAUGCCUAUAUUAUUUGCGAUUAUACCCCAGGAAUGCCCCAGUUCCUUUUGCUUAUUAUCCACUCGCUGCACAGAAGUUCCUGAUAACGGUCGAUGCCCUUCAGGCUAUAUUUACAGCCGUCUCGAGAACUCAGGUGAUGCUGUCAAUGAAUAUUGCAAGCUGGGAUGUGCUUCCUCUGUGUGCAGUGCCAUUACUUCGCUCAAGAAGUCUGAUGCUAGUGAAAUUGUGGGUGGAACCGUUGAAAAAUGUACCAAGGCAUGUUCUAUUCUAUGCACCGAGGGCUUUGUGAAGCCUGCACUUGAAACUGCCUAAACGAGAGAGGAUAUCCACAUCCAUGUGUUCAAAGUGUUCUUUUCCCUGUUUCCAAUAAUUGUAUAUUGAUUGCAUCAUUAAAAAAAAUUCAUGGAUAGGUGGUCGAGUAAAAGAGCCAUUGAGGUGCGACCUGACUCUAAGAAGGGGGUUGGUGUUGUUUUCAGAGAUAGACUUAUCAGCAAUAGUUGCAAGGUUCCUUUUUCUAGCGAUGAGAAAAAAUCUAUGAACUUUACUCGGUUUGUUGGCUGCUCAGAUAAGAAACAGAAAUCAAUCUUGUCUACAUACCGCUCUUCGCCUAUCGGGAAAGAAGCAACUGGAACUUCCUCUAAGGUUUGUGGCUCUAGCUCCUCUUCUUUGAAAACUGAGAAGCAACCGUUGUCUCAGGUGUCCAUGGAUUCAUCAGAGAGCAGCAGAGGUAGCGAUAACGAGGAAGAGCCAGAUAUCUUGGAUGUUUCUCUUGGUAGAGAUAAAAGGAGAGUUAACAAUAAACUUGUUUAUGGAAAAGUUAUAACACCUGAAGCGGAAUGCUCAAACUUGCCAUCAAGCUCAAGAAUCAAGAGAGGUUUUAGGCAGAGAUUUGGGUUGAGCAAGCAAGAGUCUCAUCCUGGUUCCUCUGGCCAGUCAACAUCUGCAAACCGAGGAUGCAGCCCGUUGCUAUCUGGUGUCAUCCCAACUGGUUUUGGAUUGGAAAAAAGAUUCAGUCGGAAGGUAGAUACAAUCAAUAAGAGAAAAGUUUAUGGAGAAAGCAGUUCUAGCUCCUCAGCUAGGGGGAAGGAUGUAACAGAGCCACCAACUGAAGUGAGACGUCAUCCGAGAGGUUCUGCUUCCGGUAGUAGACGGGAUAGACACCGCAUUUUGAAUGAUGACAACGAUGUUGCUCUAGUUGGGAGUCAGAGAAAUAAAAGUAAUAGUCACGUUAGAUUCUUAAACAGAGGGAAUGGUAGAGAUGGUUUAUCCUCUAUCAGAGCAACAGAGAUGUCUCAGACUGAAACAUCAAACAAUCUCAAUUCUCCUGUCUCUUUGGAUCUGUUCUCUGGUUUUCAAGACAGUUUUCGCAGCUACAAUUUAGAUGGGAUCUCCGAGAUUUUGCCAGAACUUGAUAGGAUCGAACAAGAUAUUGAGCUUAAUUAUGAGCAGGAUCUGCUUAUCAUGGAGACAGGUUUACUUCUUGGUGGACUAAGCUUCCAUGACCAACACCGAGACAUGAGGCUUGACAUCGAUAACAUGUCAUAUGAGGAACUGUUAGCUCUAGAAGAGAGGAUUGGUACAGUAAGCACUGCUCUCACAGAGGAAGCAAUAUCAAAGUGCUUGAAAACAAGCAUCUAUCAGAUGAAAACUUUAAGUUAUGGGUCUAUCACCAAAAGUUCUAGUGAUCAUAAGGAAGAUGCCAAAUGCAGCAUCUGCCAGGAAGAAUAUACAAUAGGAGAUGAAGUUGGGAGGCUACACUGUGAGCAUACAUACCAUGUGAAGUGUGUGCAGGAGUGGUUGCGGAUGAAGAGUUGGUGCCCAAUCUGCAAAGCUACUGCCGAAACCUCCUCCAAGUAACCAGAUUUUUCUUCUUCUUCUUCUUCUUCCUCGUUCGUUUUAUUAUUCUUUCAUCUAAAGCCUGUGAACAACAAUGGAACCAGUCUAAAAGGGCCUCACCAUUUCCUUUGUGUACAUACCAAUUUACACUGGCUUUGUUUUUCUCUAUCCCUUUUGUCUAAUGACAAAAUUGUCCUGUGUUUCUCUUCUUC